ACACCCUGCGGUCCAUCAGUUCACGAAAUACUCCCUGCCCUCGGUCGACUAGUCUUCUGAUUCCCAUGCCGUCCCAUAGACCUAUCACUUUAAUAACCAUGACCCACUUCUUUUAUCGGGGAGCAUACGAUAAAUACAAACCCUUGACCUCACUAGCCCUCCCUAUCAGCCCGCCCCUCGCUCACAGACCCAGCCCAGUCGAAAAUGACGCUCAAAACCCUCCUCUCCCUCCGCGAAAUCAUCGACUCAUCCAUCGACCACCUCCAGUCCCAUUAUGCCUCCAAGAAUCUCGACCUCCCGGAUCUCAAUGAGCCAUAUAGCACUUCCCCCUCCGAGGCUGCCCUCGGCGACCCCGAGAUCGUCGAGACGCUGAACGCGCUCGUCGGCGCGAGCUACCAGCUCAUCGCGACCGUGCGCACACCGUUUAUCCACGUCAUGGACGGCAUCUUUGCUUACACACUUAGCUCAUGCAUACGAGUCGCGGAGGAAGGCAAUGUCGCGGAGAUACUCCGCGAAGCUGGGCCAAGCGGGCUGCACGUCAACGACAUCGCCGCCCAGAACGGGCUGGAGCCUACGAAACUCGCCCGUGUGAUGCGCCUCCUGGCGAGCCAUCACAUCUUCCGCGAAGUCAAGCCGAACGUCUUCGCCUCGAACCGCAUCUCGUCGUACAUCGACACUGGAAAGCCCGCGUCCUAUCUCUUCUCGCCGAAUGCAGACAAAUACAGCGGAACGUCUGGCGUUGCAGGCUUCAUCGACCAUGUGACGGACGAAGUAAUGAAAGCGAACUCGCACUUGUGGGAAACCAUGUCUUCUCCAGAAAAGGGCCACUCCUUCUCGGCGGUCCACGCGCCCCUGCAAGAAUGGUCCGGGACCGACAAGCAGUUCUUCUGGUGGAUCGAGCUGCCCGGAAACGAGCGCCGCUUGCUGCGGUACAGCGCCGCGAUGCGUGCCACGAGCUUGUGGAAUAGUCCUGAUGCGAUUCUCCAUGGGUUCGACUGGGCAGGGCUGACGCCCGAGGACGUGGUGGUGGAUGUCGGCGGCGGGACGGGCAUGCCUGCGAUGUACGUGGCACGUGCGCACCCGCAUGUGAAGAUCGUUAUUCAGGAGCGAGAGCAGGUGUGUGAGCACGGCAUUGCUUACUGGAAUGAAGUCUUCCCGGAAGCGAUCAAGUCAGGGCGGGUACAGUUCCAGCCACACGAGUUCUUCCAACCGCAACCCACGCUGCCGACGAACACGCCCGCCUCAGUGUAUCUGCUUCGCACGGUCCUCCACGACUGGCCCGACCACGAGUGCAUCCGCAUCCUGCAGAACCUGCGUGCCGCUGCUGCGCCCAAGACGAAGCUGCUCAUCGGUGACUUCAUGAUCCCGUACGCGUGCCCGGACGACUCCGUCGCGGCGCGUACCAUUCCGGGUGCGAAGACCGCGACGGCGCCCUCGCCCCUACUCGCGAACUUCGGGAAGGGGAGCGCGACGACGUAUGCAUUGGACAUGGCUAUGUUCACGAACUUCAACGGGCAAGAGCGGACGCUCGCGCACCUGGCGGAUUUAUGCCAGAAGACGGGGUGGAAGCCCGUGCAGGCGCAUCGCAGGGACGACACGCCGUUCGGGUUCUUGGUCUCUGAGCCGAUUCCAGUGUAAGAUUCGAGGGCGUCAGAUCAGGUUGAAAGGGGAUUGUUAGAUCGCCCUCAACGGGUGGAGACUUCUAUGUAUUAUUAUGUGGUUCGCAAUAGGGGCCCUCAACGGGUAUUUUACAAUGUCUCGAUGUAGACAUUAUGACGAUCAGUAUAGCAGUUCAGAUUCAGCCUCCGG